UGAACAUGAGGGAGGUGGGGACUUAGCUCCAGGUAACUGAAGAUGGAUGGCAGCCAGCCACACCUAACCGUGACAUACAGUAAGCUGAUCCCUCUGCCCCUACCCCCUUCCUACAAGCCAACAUAAAAAGGGGAAGCUGCUGCCUGAGAGACACUGGAUCCUUCUAGCAGACCAGCAGCACAAGCUUCUCCACUCUUAUCAUCUACUUGGCACAAUGUCUUUCCAAAGAAACUACACCGCUCGCUCCGCUGUCCCCCAAGGAGGUGUUAGCUCAGUUAGAAUCAGCCAGACCCGCUCAUCUAGUGGAGCUGGUUCAGGAUUUGGAAGGGCAGGAGGCUUCAGCAGUUCAAGCCUAUCCAAUGUGGGCUCAGUGAGGAAGAGUUCUGCAUACAAUGUUUCCAGCAGCAGAGGUGGUGUUGGUGGUGGCUCUCUCUAUGGAGUUGGGUCUGGAUUCGGUGGUGGCUUUGGAGGUGGCUUCGGUGGUGGCCAUGUAUCUGGACCUGGAAUCCAUGAAGUGACCAUCAACCAAAGCCUUCUGACACCUCUUAACCUGCAGAUUGAUACCUCAGUUCAAAAUGUUAGGAAGGAAGAGAGGGAGCAGAUUAAGACCUUGAACAACAAGUUUGCUUCUUUCAUUGACAAGGUAAGGUUCCUGGAACAACAAAACAAAGUUCUGGAGACAAAAUGGGACCUGCUGCAGAACCAGAAAUCUGCUAAGACCAGUAACGUUGGACCAAUGUUCGAAGCCUACAUUAACAACCUCAGGAGGCAGCUAGACAGCCUGCUCGGCGAUAAGGGCAGACUGGAUGGUGAACUAAGAAACAUGCAAGACUCGGUUGAAGACUUUAAGAACAAGUAUGAGGAUGAAAUCAACAGGCGUACUCAAGCUGAAAAUGAAUUCGUUGUUCUCAAAAAGGAUGUGGAUGCUGCCUACAUGAACAAAGUAGAAAUGGAAUCCAAGGUUGAUGCUCUGACCGAUGAGAUCAACUUCCUGAGAGCUCUGUAUGAAGCUGAGCUGCGUGAGAUGCAGGCACAGAUCUCAGACACCUCCGUUGUCCUGUCCAUGGACAACAACAGAGCCUUGAACCUGGACAGCAUCAUCGCUGAAGUUAAGUCUCAGUAUGAAGAUAUUGCUGCCAAGAGCCGCUCUGAGGCUGAGGCCGUGUACCAGAACAAAUUCCAGGAGCUCCAAGCCACAGCUGGACGUCAUGGAGAUGAUCUGCGCUCCACCAAGACUGAGAUCUCCGAGCUGAACCGUAGUAUCCAAAGACUUCAGGCUGAGAUUGAAAACGUGAAGAGCCAGCGUGCUAAACUGGAAGAUCAGGUUGCUCAGGCUGAAGAACGCGGUGAAUUGGCACUGAAAGAUGCCCGUCAGAAAAUUGCUGAACUGGAGGCUGCUCUGCAGAAGGCCAAGCAGGACAUGGCUCUCCAACUGAAAGACUAUCAGGAGCUGAUGAAUGUCAAACUUGCUCUGGAUAUUGAGAUUGCCACCUACAGAAAACUGCUGGAAGGAGAGGAAAGCAGACUGUCAGGUGAAGGUGUUGGCGCUGUUAGCGUAUCUGUGGUGAACUCAAGCUCUUCAAUUGGAGGUGGAAGUGGAGGUGGAAGUGGAUAUGGAAGUGGAUAUGGAAGUGGAUAUUCAAGUGGAUACGGUGGAGGCAGCUUUGGUGCUGGAUCAGGAUUUGGUGGCAGCUCUGUCAAGUUCUCCAGCGGUGGUGGAUCAUCCAGUGCUGUGAAGGGCUACUCUGUGACAACAUCUUCCAGCAGAAGCAGCCAAAGAUACUAAGAAGCUGUUGUGGUCCAUGAUUCAUAACAUCACCAGUGCCAUCCAUACCUCCCAACACAAACAUGUUUUAUUCUGCAAAAUAGAGGCACCAUGUUGAAGAACUAUGUUUGCCUUGCAAUAGUAAACCCCAUUGUUGUGCCAAGUAUUUGCAAUAGAGCAUGCCUUGUAUGACUAACACUGUUGGGGGGUAUAGCUGGUCACUGAUGCUGUUAAACCUCUCUAUCUUUGCAAUUUUCUCUUUUGCUCCCUCUUACUGCCCUUUCAGUCUGUGUUCUCUUUGAGUGCGACACAGUGACAUCAGAACUGGCUGGUGCUUAUAUCAUAACCUAAAGGCCAUGAAACAGCAGGCUUAUAAAACCUCUGCAGGUCAAUAUUUAGUAUGGAGGUGAUGCCCGGAUACACCCAUCCCCCCAAACAAAUAAAUUACAGUAUUUCUGGGUGGAUAUGACAUUUUAUAGUAUCCCCAUGCAGAGAGAAUUUCCAUUAUUGUAUAUAUCAGUAGAAAUAUUCGGUGCUAUUAUUCGUCCUCAACUAUGAAGUCUACUCAAAUUGCUGAUGCCAAGGAAGCUGCCAGACAGCAAGAUGUCUGCAAGUAAAAGUCACUGAUGCCUUUAACCAAAGUUUAUAUCCGCAUCUGUAUAAGAAGCAGCAUUAGAAAGUUUCCAUUUUCCAAUCUGUAAUGCCUGGUCUGUGUUAGCUGUGGAAGUCUCCUGACUUUGUUAGGGAAGGAUUUUAUGUAUGGUGUGAAACAUCUUCAAUAAAUUUCCUUCUAGUUCAAA